AAACAAACAACCUCGACUCAAUUCUUUAGUACAGCCUGGUUCCUAUUCCUACUUUAAAAAAAAAACCUCUUCCAAUUUCCAUUUAUACCCCUAAUCCAUUUUCAUAAUUUUCCCUUACCAAGGGACAAAAAAAUAAUUCCAAGCUCACUCACCAUCCCCAAUACACCAUACCCAAAAAAAUGCACUUCAUUCUUUCAUUCCCAAAAAUCCCCAAUUCAAUUAAGCCCUAAUUUCAUCAGCACCGAAAACCCUAAAUCCCCAAUUCUUCAAUCGAUCAAUAACGAUCUACGAAGAAUGGGAGAUUUCAACUUAGCACUAGUAAUCGUAGCGAUCGUUGUAUGCAUAAUCGUGUUCAUCUUCAAUGUCUACCUUCUUGUUAACUACCAACAUCCCGAUGACGUUAAUCAAGCUUACUUCCCUAAAUUCGUCGUCGUUUUGGGUCUCUCUGUUGCAGCCAUUUCAAUUCUCAUGCUCCCCGCCGAUGUGGCUAACCGGCAUGCUUGUCGUCAUGCCAUUUAUAAUGGAGCGUGUAAUCUCACACUCCCCAUGAAAGAUCUUUGGCUUGCGGUUUAUAUCCUUGACGCUAUUCUUGUUUUCUUCGUUAUUCCGUUUGCAAUGUUUUACUAUGAAGGUGACCAAGAUAAGAGUAUUGGGAAGAGGAUUAAGAGUGCGUUGUGCUGGAUGGUGACAACUACUAUUGUGUGUGCUCUCGUUUUGGGUAUUUUGUAUGGGCUUAUUGGGAAGGUCGAUUUUACUGUGAGGCAUUUGUCUUCUUCCACAAGCUCAUUUCCUGGCUCAUGGCAACAAUUCAAUAGUGGUCAAGAGUGUAUUGGAACUGGCACCCGUCAGUGCUCUGCAUACUCGGCUAGUCCUUCGUCAGAGAAAACUUGGACUAUGCGCACUACCUUUCCAGAAUAUGUUGUUGCUCUUGCUACUAUUGUUGGAUCUGUGCUUUUCUCUAUAUUUGGUGGUGUUGGUAUUGCUUGUCUUCCAUUGGGACUUAUAUUUUCAUUUAUUCGGCGUCCAAAGGCUGUUAUCACUCGCUCACAAUAUAUCAAGGAAGCAACUGAACUGGGUAAAAAGGCAAAAGAACUAAAGAAAGCAGCUGAGUCACUUCAUCAAGAAGAAAGAGCUGGUUCAAAGGGUAGGAAAUUUCGAAAAAAUGUGAAAUCGGUGGAAAAGGAGUUGUUUCAAUUAGAAGAAGAUGUAAAGCUUCUUGAGGAGAUGUAUCCACAAGGGGAGCAGGCUGAGACAACAUGGGCACUAACAGUUCUUGGAUAUCUGGCAAAAUUUGUUUUAGGAAUUUUAGGACUUAUUGUUUCUGUGGCAUGGAUUGCUCAUAUCAUUAUCUACCUAUUAAUUAAUCCUCCUCUUUCUCCUUUCCUGAAUGAAGUUUUCAUCAAGCUAGAUGAUAUAUGGGGUCUUCUGGGUACUGCUGCAUUUGCAUUUUUCUGCUUCUACCUUCUCCUUGCCGUGAUUGCUGGUGCCAUGAUGCUUGGGCUGAGACUAGUUUUUAUUACUAUACAUCCCAUGAAGUGGGGAGGGACUCUCAUGAACUCUUUCCUGUUCAAUGUUGGACUUAUCCUUCUUUGCUCUAUCAGUGUGAUCCAGUUCUGCUCCACAGCAUUUGCCUACUAUGCUCAAGCAACUGCAGCACAGGAAAUAUUUGGCCACACUUUGGAGUCUCUUCGUGGAAUUAAAUAUUUGUACAAGUACAAUGUAUUUCAGAUUGCAUUUGUUAUUUUGGCUGGAUUGACUUUUGUUUAUUAUGCUGCGUGUGGAUGGAGAAGAAAGAAGCCUAGUGGCAAGUUCCAGUUGUCUACAUAAGGUAUUUGAUUCCUUGUAGCACCAUCUCAUUUGGAGUGGCUUUUUUAUAUUCGGAUGUGAUUCGGCCUAGUUUUGUCAUGUUGGAAGCUAUAGAGUAAGGCUGACAUCAAUUAUUAAUUAGGCGAGAGCUUGUGCUGACACGUAGGUCUUUGAUUCUUUUUCACUCCUUGUAUCUAUUAUUCCUUUGUUUGAUUUGUGUUGCACAUUUUUCACAAUUCACAUUAUGUAAUUGAAAUAUACCACAAGAGUUGUACGAGUCACACUAGACUAUUGGGUUUCUAGAACCCUUUUGAUGAUGUAAUGCAAUGCAACACUUGAAAAACAGAAAGUUGUAGCUUUUUAAAUGUUCAUGUGUUUGUGUAGGGCAUAUUCCUAGUGUUAAUAGGGGUGCUUUUACUGCUAAUUAAUUAACAUAUUAUAGUACAAGUAAUUGAGUCACAA